GGUCUGAAGCGCCAGUUUCGUUUCAAAGUGAUGUCGAAUCGAGAGUGCCAACAAAAUAUUCGUGUAGCGGUUCGUUGUCGGCCUACCAAUAAGCAGGAGCUCGAGAAGGGCGUACGAUCAUGUGUCGAGUGUAGCCGGGAAAAAGUGACAGUGAGGGAUAAAAGUAUGUCAAAGGUUUUCACCUUUGAUCAUGUCUUCAAUCAAUACUCCAAACAAAUCGACGUCUACAAAAGUAUGGUUGCUCCAAUGAUAGAGGAAAUAAUUAUGGGCUAUAAUUGCACAAUUUUUGCUUAUGGUCAAACAGGUAGUGGUAAAACAUUUACGAUGACUGGUGAAAGGUCUGACAAGCUUCGUUAUGAGUGGGAAACGGAUCCACUUGCAGGGAUUAUUCCUCGCGCUCUAAGUCACUUGUUCGAGACUCUACAAUCAAAUGGUUCUGACUUUUCUGUUCGCGUCUCUUUCCUCGAAGUUUAUAAUGAAGAGUUAUUCGACCUUCUGUCUGCCACUGAAGAUGUCACACGUUUAACAAUAUACGAUGACGUAAACCGUAAAGGUUCGGUUAUUGUAAAAGGCCUUCGGGAAGUAGUGGUUUUGGACAAGGAUGACGUUUACAGUGUUAUUGAGCGAGGAAUCGCUAGGCGUCAAACUGCCUGUACUCUUUUAAAUGCUCAGUCCAGUCGCUCGCACUCUAUUUUCACAGUUACUGUCCAUAUAAAAGAGACAAACGCAAUUACCAGUGAAGAAUUACUGCGUAUUGGAAAGUUGCACUUAGUAGACCUUGCUGGCAGUGAGAAUGUUGGGAGGUCAGGUGCUGUUGAAAAGCGAGCACGUGAAGCCGGGUCGAUCAAUCAAAGUUUACUAACUCUGGGUCGUGUAAUAACGUCACUUGUGGAACAUGCUCCCCAUGUACCAUAUCGCGAAAGUAAACUUACACGCUUGCUACAGGACUCACUUGGAGGACGUACCAAAACCUCAAUAAUUGCAACAAUAAGCCCUGCUAUGACUUCUUUGGAAGAAACCUUAUCAACUCUAGACUAUGCUCACAGAGCCAAAAACAUUGAGAACCGACCUGAAAUUAACGCGAGACUUAAUAAAACUGAUUUGGUGAAGGGCUAUAACGAAGAGCUAGAGCGUUUACGUCGAGACCUUGAAGCUGCAAGAACGAAAAAUGGUAUUUUCGUAAAUGAGGAGAACUAUCAGAUGUUGCAGUCUCAACUCGCCCAACAAAGAAUUCGUAUAUGUGAACUUGAAGAAAGACGAGAAAUUUUGGAAGAGGAAAUCGCUCAAGUUCAAGAAUUGUUUACUGUUACUCAGGAAGAACUCAGUGAAACUCGGAUGCGUAAGGAAGAAGUGGAGAAUGAGUUAAUUGCUUAUGUAAAAGAUUUAGAAAAUCUGCGCGUGCGUUUUUUGAAAUUAAAAAGGCGUUAUGAAGAAACGGACUAUUUACGCCAAGAACACAAGAAAACGGAAUCGCGUCUUCAUGAACAGGCAAGGUCAUUAUUAUCAACAACUGAUUCCGCCGUUGGUGAUGUGAAUGGUUUGCAUCAAAAACUGGCUCGCUUAUCUGACCUUGAUAAAGAAAACCGUGAACGUUUGGAUACAUUGCACAAUAACUGGUUGCCUGAGCGUCUAAGCCCAGUAGCACGUGACCUUCAAACACUUGCUACACAAGUGAAGGACUUCUGUGUAUUUGUUCAGGAUAGUACAAGUGAUUUGAAGGAAAAAGUCAUGAUAUCUACUUGUAAUGCAGUCAGGGUGCAACGAGAAAUGGUACAAAAACUACGAACUUUCCUAGCCAAUGAGUGUAUCACCUCUGCCAACCAAAUUAACAAGUUCGCUGAAGAACAGACUACUAAAGUGAAGACUGGUCGUGAUACCAUCAUAGUUCCACAGUUUGAAUGUCUGCAGAAACUUGUUACAUCUCUGUCUACUAGUGCAGAUGAACUAGACAGGUGUUUGCUCAAUCAGUUUGAGGCUUACCAAAUAUCAAAUAAGGAAUUGGAUUAUGCUAUCAAGCAACUAGAUAAUUUCGCUUCAUUGUCCUCUGGUUUUGUGCAUGAUGAAAUGAAACAUGAUAUGGCUAUACAAAAUCAAAUGGCUUCUUAUAGAACACAGUAUGGAAAACUGCUUAAUGAAUUAGAAUCGACAACUAACAAGUUGAAAAAUUUGAUGGCAAGCCAUGAUACACAAAUUUCAGGUGAACUAUCAUCAAGAUUUUCUCGUCUAACAGAAUUCUCAAGAUCAAGUCAGAGUGAAGUUGAAAAAUUGAAAUCGUCCCUGUCCAAUAAACAGGAAAAAAUCUUACAUGAUGUUUGUAAAGCCCACGAUUCCAAUAUGAUUUCCAUUAAUCGUUUAAAGGAGGUUACGAAUACCGUUUCACAUAACCACGAAAAACUAAAAGGAGAAGUGGAAAAUUGUAUGAAUAAUGUAUGCGAGAGCGUUGAACAAUUUGUUGCUGAUGGUCCUGGUGCAGAUUUAUUGAAAAAAGCUUCAAUCUGGCAGUCGGUUAACGAAAACCAUAGUGAUUAUAGUUUAUUUGAUCAUACGACAAAGAUGAUACACAACAUGAGUAAUAAUCUUUUCACUUCUCUCCAAGAACCCACUCGUAUUCUUCUGGGCCUAGAAGGUGCAGGCAGUGAUCGUAGUAUUGAGUUCAGUGAAAGUUUCCAAGCAAUUGGGACAAAUUUGUUUGCUAUGCCAAAUGAAAUGGAAAAUAUAUUGAAUAGGAGAUAUCAUACUUAUGUUCCAACGGGGGAAACACCUCAAUCCCGAAAGUUUUCCUAUCCAACGGAAUUCGCUAAAACAGCCCCUUAUCAUCGCAUAUUAAAGGAGUAUCGUUCUAAUAGAACAAUUGAAGAUAUUAAUAAUUUAGCUACAAUUCCUAUUCCAGACGAAGAUCUGUCAUUUGCUGUUGAUUGCAAUGAGUCUACAUUUAUUGAAGAUCAGAUUACAACUCUUCAACCUGAGCUUAAUAAAGAUAACUAUGAUUGUACCUCAGUUUCUACAAAUGGACCGCAGUCUGUUUUCAACUAAACUAACAAGUUUUUCUUCACAGCAGUCUACAUCAUAUUAAAUCAUUCAGUGAAAUUGAUUGUUUCUGAUAGUUAUGCUUAUACUUUGCCAAAUUGCUAUGAACGGCCCAUCAUUCGAAUCUCCAUAGGAAUUGAAUACUGUAACUCAGAAAACCAACAAACAUUACUGUGGAAACAGUUACACUUUAGGAUAUUGAGUCAUCUAGCCGAUAAACUUUCACGACAACAAAACUUCCAUCCUGGAUCCUAUUAACAUCUAUUACCAGAAUAACCUUUAUUAAAUUACUUUGUUAAUCUUUCAUUGAUCAUUUUAAUCACACUAAUUGUUUCCAAUUUUAGGAUUCUGGGAUUGUUUCUGAGCCUAAUGGUGUAAAAGGAAAGGUCAGUUCCCGUCUUUAUUUGAAUCUUAUUUAAUUGGGGUGGAAUAAUGUGAAUUCACUUUCUUUUGUGGUUUCUCCUCGGCUCCUUACAAACACAUUGUUAUUUAAAUACUAUGCAGUAGACAUUAGUAACUAAAAUAUUAAAAUGACGAUUGCCAUUAUAGUAUUAUCUAUCUAUAUAAUGAAUAAGAAGUGCAAAGUAGACUAAAAAUGGAAAUGGACGAAGUAGAGUGCUAAGACAAUAUUUAACAAGAAUCUGAAAAAGAUUAUAUUAGAUUGCGUAGAAAUUACUGGAAAUUUGAAUAUUGUACACAGGUUUAAGAAUUCGUUAAGUGAAAAUAUAAUUUUAAAAUAAAUAAAAUAACAAUUGUGCAGAAAAUAUAAAAACUAUCAAUUUAUCAUAGUAUUUAUAAACUAAGAAUUGACUCUUUCUGAGUUUUUUAAUAAUAGCCACUUCAGUGAAAUAUAAAGUGGUUGCAUUUUUGUCCGUUUGAUAAUUUCAAAAGACUUAUGAAUGUCAGUAAUAUUGCUCUCUAUAGAUUGUGUUGAGCCAUUGGACUAUUCAGAGUUGCGACAGCUUUCAAUCUCAAAUAUCUUGAGAUGCAAACAUGCACUGUUCUCUCUACCCUUUCGGUGUAUAUGCUUUGACACGUGUAUGAGAAUCAAUCAAUAAUAUCUUGUAAAAAGUUACUCACUUAACACUUGUGUAAAUUGUUGCUCUUUAAGUAUACCAAAGAAUCUUUGCAAUUUAAUAUAUUUAGCUUUUUAAAAUUUUGUUUUUGCAACAAAAUCACAUAGAUGAGCAGAUACUCUGAUGAAUAACUUAAGGGAUUCAAUCAGUAAAGCUUCAUUAAGACAAAUGUAUUACUAUAUCCUGUGGGCCCGGUUGUUGCCGCUACCUUAACGUACGUGGUGGUUGGGCUCGCCUAUUGUGAUGCACCAAUCAGACUAUACUGCCAGUAACAAUCGUUCUUUGAGGUCAUACCAUACCAUGCAGGUCGGUUGAAAAAGUCCAAAUUUAAGGUCUAAGAGCGAAGUCGUACUGCUUACUGUUCAAAGGUGUGACAGCAGUAAAGUGUUUCCCCUAAACAGCUAGCUUGGCAGUAAUGUUGCCUUCUCUCAAAGGAGGGGUGGGGUUAGGAAAGGUCGACCCUAAAAAUGUACACCUCGCCUUAUCCCACGGAUCUCCGUCUCCUGAGGUAAGGUCUCAACAAAGACGAAGCUAACACGAACUACCCACAAAAUAGUCGUGUGUGACCGACCUCAAACAGUUGUCCUUUGGGCACUGUGGUCAUUCUAUCAUGUCACUAAGACCAGCUCUAACUCGAUUUCCUUUCCAGCGAUGAGUAAGCCGAAGGUAAAUUCCAGGCACAACUGAGAUCACACGUAGGCAAUUGGGGAAACAAGGCUGACUCAGAUGUUUGAAAAGAUAUACAAGCAGUUGUGAAAACAGCAGUGACAUCUGUUAGUGGUUUUGACUAAAGAACCUACAGAGACUGUCAACAAAUCAUAGAGAAGUUUAGUGUUGUGGUGCUUCUCAGUAUGCAAGAGACAUCCAAACAAUCUGUAUUCACAAAAUGUUCUAAAAACUACUGUAGAUCGUCUCAUCAUUAGUGAGUAUAAGUUCUAAGUAUCCAUCCUUCAUUUUUCUUCUCACUUCGUUAUAUUUUUUUACGUUCUGUUUAUAACCCUAUAUUUAGACUGUCACUCAACAACUGCAAACCUCCAUACACGAUAGUGAAAAGCCAACAAAAGUUGUUAAUUCGCUUGGCAAAUGUAAAAAUAACCUAAAAGUAUCUGGUAAAAAUCAACGCUCUAAACGGUGAAAUACCCGGUGAUACGAAAACUCCUUUUAUUUGUUUUCAUACUAAGCUUUUGAAUACGGUAUAUUUUACUCAUUUUUUAAUAUCCCUGUACAUUUUUUGAUUAUCUCUGUUACUAAUAAGUAUCGAUUUAUUCUAUAACAUUAAUUGUUUCAUUCAAAUAUAAUUUUCGGUCUUC